UUUUUCUCUGAGGAGAGAGAUGGUGGGAGGUGUACAGAGGAGAGAGAAAGGGGAAGGAAGGAAUGGAGAUGGAGGAUUAUAUAAAGCCACAGAGAAGUCUGAAAGAGUAAGCAAAGCCGGAGCGCUGACCACCAGCUUGUCGAACCAACCAUCAACACUCGCCUCUCCAUAUCCUCGAUUAAGUUAACUUCGGGUUCCAUUUCGUUCGGAAAGAGGGGGAAAGGAACAGGCACAAUAAAAUGGCUGCUGGAGGGCCUAGUUCUGGGCAGCCACAAUUCCUUGCAAGGGCCGGAGAUGAGAGCUUUUCGCACGCGCCGUUGAUCGAGAACUCGGAAACUGAUCAGAUUGUUGUUCCAGACAAGAAAAGCUGGAAGAACCUUUUUGCGUACAUGGGACCGGGGUUUCUUGUUUCUAUUGCCUAUAUUGAUCCUGGGAAUUUUGAAACUGAUCUACAAUCUGGAGCACAGUACAAGUAUGGGUUGCUUUGGAUCAUAUUAGUAGCUUCCUGUGCUGCCCUGAUCAUUCAAUCCUUAGCAGCCAAUCUAGGGGUUGUCACAGGAAAACAUUUAGCAGAGCACUGCAAAGCUGAAUACCCCAGGGUACAAAAUUUCAUCCUAUGGGUUCUUGCUGAAAUUGCAAUAGUUGCAUGUGAUAUUCCUGAAGUUAUAGGAACAGCUUUUGCAUUGAAUAUGCUCUUCAGCAUUCCAGUUUGGUGUGGUGUUCUGCUGACAGGGCUUAGUACUCUACUCCUUCUUGCGCUGCAACAAUAUGGGAUUAGAAAGCUUGAAUUCUUGAUUGCAAUUCUUGUAUUGACAAUUGCAAUUUGCUUCUUCCUGGAGCUGGGCUAUGCAAAACCAGAUGCCGGAGAAAUUCUUUAUGGGCUAUUUGUCCCUCAAUUAAAAGGAAGUGGUGCUACUGGUCUUGCAAUUUCACUUCUUGGUGCUAUGGUUAUGCCACAUAAUCUCUUUCUUCACUCCGCACUGGUGCUCUCUAGGAAAAUACCCCGAUCUGUUAAUGGUAUCAAGGAAGCUUGCAGGUUUUAUAUGAUAGAGAGUGGGUUUGCUCUUAUGGUGGCCUUCCUCAUUAAUGUGUCGGUCAUUUCUGUUAGUGGUGCAGUUUGCAAUGCCCCGAAUCUAAAUAAGGAGGACCAAAUGAGCUGCAGUGACUUGGACUUGAAUAAAGCCUCAUUUUUGUUGAGAAAUGUAUUGGGUAAAUGGAGUUCAAAACUUUUUGCCAUUGCUUUGUUAGCAUCUGGUCAGAGCUCUACCAUAACAGGAACCUAUGCAGGACAGUAUGUUAUGCAGCGAAGCUUAGCAAUUGUUCCAAGUUUGAUUGUUGCUAUCAUUGGUGGGUCUUCUGGGGCUGGGAAGUUGAUCAUUAUUGCGUCGAUGAUUUUGUCAUUUGAACUCCCUUUCGCUCUCGUUCCCCUUCUGAAGUUUACAAGCAGCAAGACCAAGAUGGGACCACAUGUUAACUCUACCGUGAUUACGGUACUGACAUGGAUUAUCGGUUUCCUCAUCAUGGCUAUAAACAUAUACUACCUUAUGACCCGUUUCAUCCACGUGCUUCUCCACAAUGAUCUCCAACUCGCAGCAGUCGUCUUCAUAGGGAUACUUGGAUUCUCAGGCAUGGCAUUAUAUUUAGCUGGAAUUGCUUACCUGGUUUUCAGAAAGACCAAGGAGAUCACAUAUCUCCUAGCACUAACAACAUCAGAAAGUCUACGACUGAGCAACGAGCCGAGUAAGACAUCGGGAUAUAGUCUCCCAAGCGAAGAUACAGUAAGCAUGCAGUUACCUCAAAGAACUACCAAUGAUGUAAACUAACAGAUUUUAGCUCAAAACUUCAGCCAUAGAAGGAAGGGCAGAUCCUUGGGUGCUGGUUUCAUUUGUUGGAAAAUAGAACAGACGGAUGAAACUCAGAAGCACAGAACAAUGCAAAAAAGGACGGAAAAAAAGAAAAAAAAGAAAAAGAAAAAAGCUAGAUCAGCUUGCCUAUACGAUCAUGCCUACAUUCUGCCUUGCUAGUUAGCUGAGCUUUUUAGGGUUUUGGCACAACAAUAAUUAACUCCUUAUUACUGUUGUAUUUGGGUUUAAGUUUUUAACCUAACAUUAGCUGAUAAUGGAUGGUUGUUUAUUAGAUCAUAUCUGAGUUUACUGACAUUAAUGUGAAGUCUAUUAAUUAAAACA